AUGUUAGAGGUAGAGGAUUUAGUAGCAAUCAAUGGUACUCUACAGAGACCGAGAGGAAAACAGACAACUAGUACAACACUUCACAAAUGUGAUGUUUGUGCUAAAGAAUUUAGCCUAUGUAGUGACUUAAAGAGACAUGUGAGAACACAUACUGGUAAAAAACCUCAUAAAUGUGAUGUUUGUGCUAAAGAAUUUAGUCUAGGUAGUGACUUAAAGAGACAUGUGAGAACACAUACUGGUAAAAAACCUCAUAAAUGUGAUGUUUGUGCUAGAGAAUUUAGUCUAGGUAGUGACUUAAAGAGACAUGUGAGAACACAUACUGGUAAAAUACCUCAUAAAUGUGAUGUUUGUGCUAGAGAAUUUAGUCUAGGUAGUGACUUAAAGAGACAUGUCAGAACACAUACUGGUAAAAAACCUCAUAAAUGUGAUGUUUGUGCUAAAGAAUUUAGUCUAGGUAGUGACUUAAAGAGACAUGUGAGAACACAUCCUGGUAAAAAACCUCAUAAAUGUGAUGUUUGUGCUAGAGAAUUUAGUCUAGGUAGUGACUUAAAGAGACAGGUGAGAACACAUACUGGUAAAAUACCUCAUAAAUGUGAUGUUUGUGCUAGAGAAUUUAGUCUAGGUAGUGACUUAAAGAGACAGGUGAGAACACAUACUGGUAAAAAACCUCAUAAAUGUGAUGUUUGUGCUAGAGAAUUUAGUCUAGGUAGUGACUUAAAGAGACACGUGAGAACACAUACUGGUAAAAAACCUCAUAAAUGUGAUGUUUGUGCUAGAGAAUUUUCCCAUGGUAGUUUCCUAACUAGACACAUGCUAGUACAUACUGGAGAUAAACCUCAUGACUGUGAUGUGAAUUAA